AGUCAGUUCAGUUCGCAUACCUAUUUAUUUACUUCGAUUAAUUUUAACCUAAAGUCUCUUUAAAUUAUCAAUUAAAAUCAAGAUAUUAAAGUAUAAAAAUGGCGAGUAGUAGACUGGAAAGAAUAGGCACAAUUUUCACAAGAGUGGAGGGCCUGAUUACUCGUGGAGCAAUGAAGCCAGACGACCGACCGCUGUGGUUUGACAUCUACAAGAGGUUCCCGCCGCUCACAGAACCCAAAUUUGCAAAGCCGUUGCCAGAAAUCAAACCCAUAAGACCUAUUCUUUAUGAAGAAGAUGUUGUUAGAGCGAAAUUCCAUUCUGCCGGACAAGGCUACGGCGUAAUCAACAUGCUAAGCCCAACCGGAGAAACGCCUAUAAAGAAGCUAGUGAAACAAUACGAAAAGUUGAAGGCUGAAGGUGUUCCAGAGACCGAGCUCGUUGAGAAGGUUUCCGCGGCCGUGGAUACGCAAUAUACACAGCGACAAGAGGCUGUGCCGCAAAAACCGAUCGUUAAAAACCCGGAUUCAGUAACAGCGCAAGUUCUGGCAGAAGCAGACUUGAAAAAUAUUUUCAUUGAGAAAUAAAUCAUUUUACUGUACGAACAUAUAUAGUUUAGAAUAA